GGAAGAGAAAACUCUGAAACGAAAAAGAAAAGCAUCGGAAAAAAAAAACGAAAUAUGGCAGGAAGAUUAACCGGUGUGGCGUCACGAAUCAUGGGCGGAAACGGCGUCGUUGCACGAUCCAACGCCUCAUCUCUCCGCCAACGCGCCGGCAUGGGUCUCCCCGUCGGCAAACACAUCGUCCCCGAUAAGCCGCUAUCGGUUAACGACGAGCUGAUGUGGGACAACGGGACUGCUUUCCCAGAGCCUUGCAUUGAUCGGAUUGCUGAUACCGUCGGGAAGUAUGAAGCAUUGGGAUGGUUGUGUGGUGGUUUAGGGUUCUUUGCGACUCUUGGUUUACUCGCUGUGGUAAAUGAUAAAGCUUCAAAGGUUCCUUUUACACCGCGAGUGUAUCCGUAUGACAACCUGAGAGUGGAGCUUGGAGGAGAGCCAUAGAGACCUACCAAGUCAUUUGCUCAUCAAGACUCAAGCGUGUGUUCUUCACAGCUUUGUUCUUCAAAAUUUUUUACAUUUCAUGCUCAGAACUUGAAGACAAGAGAAUAAGAGAUACAUCAUUUUCAUUUAUAUGCGUUGUCUCUGUAAUUAACAGUGACCAUUUGGGUGUAUUCGUAAGAGAAGCCAUCUGUUUUCAG